ACCGAGACAACUGAGUUUAUUCCUAAAAGAAUGGCAGUAGCAGUAGCAAUCUUGAUUAUAUUCAUACUGCAUUAUACAACACUUCUAAUAAAUGGUUUCUUAAAGGGUCCAGAACAAAAGGAAUAUGUAAAUAGGAGAGUAUUUUUGUAUGGGAUAGCAGGUAUGUAUAAAUGGAUAAUUCUAUAGGUUUGUUGAGUAUGUCAACAAUAUAAAGUAGUGUUUUUUCAGCUAUCCUAGCUUGGUUGACAUUUGUACCUCUAGCAAUAUUACAUCUAUGUAUUUAUGAAAAAUUUCAAAAUUUAAACAAUCACAAAGACACAUUGUGGUUAGCAUACUAUGGAUUACAAUUUGUUUGGUUCUUAGGAAUAAUCAUAGAUUUCUAUUCAUGAUCCAUAUAUAUUUAAUCAUUUAUACAAUCUAUA